AUGUCGUUGGUGCAACUAUCUCGUCUUCUCCCCCUCCCCGAGGAGGAGUUGAAACAGGUGCUCGACUACGCAACCACCCUCUCAAAGACCGAAGCCGCGGAGCACUUCAACAACCUAUUGGGCGACUCACCCCAGGCCGUCGAGUUUAUUUCCUCCUUUAAUUCGCGAAGGCAGGACACGAAGCCUACGGCGCCGGCCCCGGCACCAUCGUCAAACAGCUCGAGCGCCCAGGCACCGGCACCCAAGGCAUCGCGCGGCCCGAAAAAGAAGAAGCAGUCGAACCUACACACCCCGGCCGCGAGACAGGUCGACGCCGCACCUCCGCCGGGGGCUAGUUACAGCAAGAAGGACCGGGAGGAAGAAUACUAUGGCGGAAAGAAACCCACCCAGCCCGCGGAGAGCAGCGCGAGCACAUCGGCCAACUUCAAACAAUCGCUCAAAAGCGCAAACCCGCCCCCGCAGCAGCAGAGGACGGCCGCCGGCUACCUGAUAUCCGACAAGGCCAAGCCCAAGUCGAACCCCGUCUCGCGAUCGUCGACGCCGAAGCCGACGGCCAAGCCCACAAAGGUGUCGAUUGCUGGCGGUACGCCUAUGGCAGGCGCAUCAACGGCCCUGAACGACCUGGACGCGGCGAUUCGCUCAUUGGAGCUGACGACAAACCCCACCAUGGGCGACGAUCCUAAGGCGAGGAGGUGCAACUGCGUGGCCACGCGGCACCCGCUCCAGACGGCGGCACCGAACUGUCAGUCCUGUGGCAAGGUCAUCUGCGUCAAGGAGGGCCUGGGACCGUGCACUUUCUGCGGCACUCCUCUCCUAUCGUCGGAGGAUGUCCAGGGAAUGAUCAGGGAACUCAAGUCGGAGAGAGGACGCGAGCGCAUGGCGGCGGACCGCGAGGCUCACAAGCGCGCCGAGGUCAGCAAGAAGCCGGCGCCGUUCAGCCAGAACAACAACAGCAGCAUGUCCGAGGCCGAGAGCAAGGCGCGGGAGCAUCGCGACAAGCUGCUGAACUUUCAGGCGCAGAACGCCAGACGAACGACGGUGCGGGACGAAGCGGCGGACUUCGACGUCAGCGGGGCCAUGGCGGGCAGCGGGGGCAACAUCUGGUCGACGCCGGAGGAUAGGGCCAGGGAGCUUAAAAGGCAGCAGAAGAUUCUCCGCGAGAUUGAGUGGAACGCGCGGCCCGAGUACGAGAAGCGGCGGCAGGUGGUUAGCAUCGACGUAGUAGGCGGGAAGGUAGUCCGGAAGAUGGCGGCUGUGGAGCGACCGACAACGCCGGAAGGAGAGGAUGUCGUGGUCCACGAGGACGUCGACGAGAACGAUUACGUCGGCAGUCGGAAGCAGGGCGGAAGUAAUGGCGGCGGUGGCGGCGGGGGCGGCGCGUUUAGUCACAACCCAUUGCUGGGCGGGUUGAUCAAGCCAGUAUGGGACGCCAAGGGCAAGGACAAGGCAGCGCAGCUCGAGGGCCGUAAGGACAAGAAGACGCAGUGGAGGAGAGUACAGGAUGACUUCAAGGACAACGAGGCGGUGAUCCUGGACGGCGGUGCGCACGGGCACUCGACCACAGCGGACGAGCCAGAUUGCGGAUGA